AUGGCGAGCGCCAAAUUGCCUGGCCAAUCACCCGUAGUGGGUGACCUCCAUGGUUUAAGGAGAAAGCAAGCAAGCAAGCGAGAGGCGGCCAAGGUUGAGGAAGAGGAGGAAGCACAAGGACAGCAGGCAGCCGCAGCUGCCGCCGCCGCCGCCGCCACCACGGCGUCGUCCGAGGAGCAGCUGCUGCGUCGUCGACGCCACCUUCGGAUGCGAGUCGACGACCAUGUCCUAAGGACCUCGCUGCUCUACAUAUGCGGUUCCUGCCUGAUACUCAUCAUUGUCUUCCUCACGCUGCUGCCCGGGGCCCUGCUCAACUACCUGCGGCGCAUAAACUUCCUCAAGGACGUGGUGGCGUCGGACAUCGAGAUGGACAGCGAAGUGGCGUUCCUGGCGUCAGCGCGCGGCGGCCGCGCCGCACUCCUGGACAGCGGGAACCCGGCCGUGUUCUGCCACCUGAACCUGAGCGCCUUCGCGAGGCCCGGCAAUUACCGGUACACGGUGCACGACGUGCCGGCCAACGUGUGCACCCACGUGGUGUUCCCGCUGCACGCCCUGGACGACUGGUUCGACGACAUGCUCAACUACGACGCCUACCAGCGCGCCCAGCACCCGAGCCUGUACGCGAGCAUGGAGUACCUGAAGAAGAGGAAGGCCCUGCAGGUGCUCGUGUACGUUGACGCCGAGCAGGACCAGCACGGGCGCCGCCACAUACUCGACUGGAUCGACAGCGACCUGAACAACGAGCUGCUCGCCAUGGUGUUCGCGCGAAACCUGGUCAAGUGGCUGCUCUCGAACCAGCUGCACGGGCUAGUGGUCGAGGGCAUGUUCCCCGUGCCGGAGUCUCAACGCGGUGCGAUGAUCCGGCUUCUCAAGAAGAUGCACACGCUCUUCAAGCAGGCCAACCUGAUUCUCGUGGCGGUGGUGGAGGAGUAUUCUGCACUGACGCACCAGAAGGCGUUCGGAAAGCGGCUGAAGCCGUUCGUCGACUUCCUCGUCAUCCGGAACCGGAAGCAGCACGAGGCGUUCUUCCACCAGGUCUUGGAAGGCCUUCCGGAUGCACCUGACGCCGCCGACGUCACCCCGGAGGCGGGCCUGCCGCUGGAGACGGUCCGCCAGGCGAUCCUUUCCGGGCUGCCCCGUAAGCAGCUGCUCGUCUCGCUCGAGAUGGACACGGCCACACUGCGGGUCGAGGCGAACACGACGUUGCCCGGACUCGAGGGGCCACUGACCAAUACGCCAGGACUGCUGGCGUACUUCGAGGUGUGCACCCUAUUCAAGGACAACAGCUGGAGCAACGCGAACGUGACGGAACUGGGCAACCCGGUCGCCUUGAAAGAGAACGAAGCCGUGAGCUACGAGAAUGCGGAAAGCGUGCAUCGCAAGGCGCUCCUGGUCCGCAACUACACUCUCGGAGGCAUCAUGAUGUGGGACGUCACCAGCGACGACUACAGAGGAGUCUGCGGCGUAGUGAACCCGCUAAGCAGAGCCGCUGGUGCCGCGAUGGCCGGCGCUUAGUCCGUUUCUUUGGAAACCGCAGCAACAGCACGCGCAGGACCUCUGGUCGGGGCAUCACGUGAUCCUGCAGUGUCCGCAGCAACCACGCGCUGCGGGUACCGGAGCCGGGACUUUCGACCUAUGCCACUAUGCUGGCAGCAGGGAUGCGACGCAAUGGUACUGAAGCAGGCACGGAUGCCGAUGCGAGCAGAAGCGGUCAUGUGUGGCGGCCUGGCAAAACUGACUCCGGGAAGUUGGCUGAAAGCGUUCUUUUUUUGUUUCUUCUUUUUUUCAGUGUACUAGAAAACGCAGGAUCAAUCCGCACACUGAGGCCUUGAAGGCCUCAGUGUGCUUAGAAUAUACAGAAAGAGCAGA